AUGUAUUUGAUUUGAAAGAAAUAAAAAAAAAAUUUCGAACACGACAAGAGUAUAUAAAUAUGUUGACAAAUCUCCGUUUACAUAUAUAUUUUUAAAAAAAAUCAAUAAAGAAUGAAAUUGAUGUUUUGUAAAGAUGUUUAAUCGAAAAUUUUUACCAUUGUCAUCAUAUUUGACGAUUAUUGUGAUCUGUGUGUUUGGCAAUUUAUUGUCAAUCUUUGUGGAUGCAUCAACCAUCGAUACAUGGAACAGUGAUGAUGCACAAAUCAGAUUAAAGCCAAUCACAAAUCAGGCUCAAUAUUUUAAUCAAUUAUUAGCGUUGAAACAACAGCAGCAGCAACAACAACAACAACAACAGAGCCAAAAAUCUUCAUCUUCAUCGAAUCAUCAUGAUGAUGAAACGGUCCAAAUAGCUGAUGAUAAUGGAAUUAUUGAUACUGGAAUAAACGAUCAACAAGAAUUAAACGAUGAUAUAUCAUCAUCAUCAUCAGCAUUACCAAUACAAGAUGAAAGUUUAAUCGAUGAUAAUGGUAUUGGUGGUGAUAAUAAUAAUAAUAAUAUACGUAUAGCGGUUAAAAGUAAACGACGUUUUGAAUAUGUUCCAGUACAUUUUGAUCGUGAUGAUCAACAACAAACACCACGUAUGAUUGAAAUUGUUUCCGAUUCAAUGCCAUUACGGUUACAUUUUAAAUCACAAUCGGCAGCAAUUGUUGUAACACAAUCACAUAUGUCACCAUCAAUGAAACCAAUAGAAGAAACAAUAUCUAUGGAUGAACCAUAUAGAUUAUCACAUAAAGCAUAUAAACCGAUUAUACAGAAUGUAAAAGAAAUAAUACAACCAUAUCGUAAUAUUGUGCAACAAGUUAAACCGGUAAUCGAGAAUAUCCGUACAAUUGUACCAAAAGAUAAUGAUAUUCAUCAUCAACAUCAAUCAUCAUCAUCAUCAUCAUUGGCAUUAUCGAAUACACAGCAAUGGAAUGGUCAUUUCAAUAAUAAAAAAAAUAAUGGAAUUGAAAAAAUUAACCAGAAAACUUAUACAAAUCGUUUUUAUGAACCACAACAAAAAUCACUACUACCACCACCACCACCACUACAACAUCAACAACGACAAACAUCAAAUGGUUAUAAUCAUCAUGAACAAGUACGUGAAUUGAUUUUUGGUCAUUGA